GAUGCAUAUAAACAAAAAUAAGCAAUAAUAUCCCGCUGUCAUAAAUAUAGUCUUUAAUUAGUUACAAAUAAUGGAUUAACAUCCGAUUAGUGGCACUGUAUAACCAUGAUAUAUAAGUCACACAGCUGUAUACCCACCCCGAUUGUGGCUUUUUUCUCAAUUGAUGACUUGAUAUAAUGAUAUUAUUGUGACACUUUUUAAGAAAUUUGAAGUUACUGUUGCAAAUUUUGAAUGUCCCCUAGUUAGUUCUUUGUACUCCAUUAAAAAAAAAAAAAAAAUUAAGCUUGUAAAAAUGAACCUUGCUAGAGAAUAAUCAAUGAUUUUUCUUACCCUGCAAUAUUGAAUUAUAGACUAAUUCUUUAGCUGUAAUACAAGUAUGUUUUUGCAUCUAAGAUUGUUAUCAUCUUGUUUGUGGCAUUACAGAAUGCUCGAGUUUCCUGAACAUUCACCCCAAGUUCCUUCACUCAAACGCCACAUCCCAUAAAUGGGCGUUUGGCGUAUGUGCAAUUUGUUGGUUGAUUUUUUCGUUUUCAUAGUCUUGUGGUAAUUAAUAAGAUUACAUGUACUGCAAAUUCUAAUACCGGAGUGUUAACUUAGUUGUUAUUAUUUUGUGGUGUCUAAAGCCUUGGCAGAGCUUCUUGACUAUGUGGUUGAUGAGGUAAUCUUCUUUUCAAGUUGUUCUUUUUUGUUUUACUUUUUUGUAGCACAAUCUAUCUUCCACUUUUGGUGGGCUAUACUUGUAUUAGGGGCACAUAAUUAUAACUGGUGAUAGCUGAAAUUUCCUCAAAAUGAAAUACAUGGAGAGAGGGUUCUUCACGAUGAACAAUGAUGGUAUCUGUAGUACAUGAAAAGAAAGAAAAAAUCACAGCAAGAUGAAGAAGCAGUAGUCGAAAAAAGUAGGGUUGCAAUAUAUAUGAUAUAGUAUGCAAGUCAAUUCCUAUGCUAAUAAAAUAAGUAGCUAUUCUAUAAUUAAAAUAUCCCGAUGUGUCAUAUAAAAUAGCCUUUAUGACUUCCUUAUUCAAUAGGUCAUGCUAAUAGUUUGUCCAAACUGUCGUGCUAAUAUUUUUUCUAUGUUGCAGCCUUGCUUUUUCCACUGGUUAGAUAAAAAAUAGAGCCACCUUUGUUAUUGUUGAUAAAGUCUUAAAUCUAGGGAGUGGAAUUUCAGGUUUAGUGACACAAUGUAUUUCAUUUCUUUCUUGUUUGUGAAUAGCAAUUGAUAUUGAUACUUUCAUUGGUCUGAUUUUUGUUGAAGAAAAAUAUUAGAGUAUGAGACUGUAAAUCUUUCUAAUCUUUGUUCCAGAUGAUGGCUGUAGAAUGGACCAAGAAGUCAUACGUGUAUGGUCUUUGGAUUUUCGGAUAACAAGUCAACUUCAACUAUAGGACAGUGUAUGCACGUUAACUAUCAUGGUGUCCUUUUUAUUGUCCUGUCUUAUUAAUUCCCAACUUUCAACAUUUUAAAUGGAGAUGGUUUUAAGACUAGUUCAAUGAGACUUGGGCAGAAGUUAUUGUCUUUAGCCGCUGCACAAAGAACAGUUUUAGGAUCAAACCUGAGUUCCCAUGUUGGCCAGUAGUGCAAAUCUUGCUUCAAUGUGAGCACUCAGGGCUUCCCAUUCAGGUGGACUAUUCGUACACGAACAAACUCUCCAUUCUCUAUUGCUGCUAUGGAAGUAGCAGCGUAAGGUGAUGGGGUAUUUUCGGUCAAGUGUUCCUACAACUCACUCUAAUGGUGCUACCCAGCCAGAUCUUUGGCCAUUGAAGUCCAUAUGGAAGAGUAAAGCUCAUGUAAGCAUAUGGAAGAGUAAAGCUCAUUUUCUCAGCUCCUUGCGGCUAAACACUCUCAGCUCCUUGUGGCAAAAGACUCUCCUUCAUAUUCCAGGGAGCAUACUUGUACAAAGCCGAUGCUUGUGUAACUUCUUGAGGAUUUGGAGACUACAGUUUACAAGACAAUAUGUGCUAGGUUUGAAGACUUCAAACAAGUUGACGAUUUGUUUAUCAUGUUACUAGGAUUAUUUGAUUAGAAAUUAUAUUCGGAUGCUUAU